GAGAGAGAUGCAAUGCUGGGGAGAGAGUGUAUGAAUGUAUGUGUAUGAGAGAGAGAGGGAGACGACUACUGGAGCAUAGAGUAGGUGAAAGUGUGUGUGUGUGAAUGAAAAAGAGAAAGAGAGGCUGCACAAUACAGUGGCUUAGGCUGGCUCACACCGACGCACAUUUAAAGACUAGAAGGCAUGAAAAUGUGAUUUUGAAAGAGGAAAAGCAAAUCACUUUCUUAUUUUUCCUCAUCUAUAUUUUAUCAACUGGAUCUUUUUCUCAUUUUCUAAUCCUGGUCCCUUUUUUACUCUCAUGGUUUAUCAAGGAGGUCGCUGCGGAUAAAAAUGAGGAACAACACAGCCUGAACUGCAGACUAAAAGCAUGUUUCUAAGGAUGAAGCCAGUCUCAUGGGAUAGCCAUGUUUUGUCUCCAUGACAGCUAUGUCACUCAGCCCGCUCUGCAGUGACCCCUGCACAGCAAAGGAUGCUGGGAAAUAACGAGCACUUUUAUCCCGGUCAGGAUGACAAAGAUGGGGAGGAUGAGGAGGAGGAAGAGGAGCAGGGAAGAGAAAAAGGGGAAGGUGGACGUGACAUGGAGAAUGGAGGGUUAGAAGGUCUGGAGGAGAAGGAAAUGACGGGAGGACGACAAUCCUGGGAAGGGAAAGGUGGCGAGGUGGUGAAACCAGCAGCCAUUGUGGUCGGUAGACAGAGAGCAGACCGACCGCUGAGGCCAGGCAACCUGGGCAGCCGAGGUAUUACAUACAUGUCCAAUCAAGCUCUGCUACAUCAUCCCCCAGCCAAUAAGCAACAGCAUCAUUUAAUCGCAGCCAAUCAGCAGCCUCAUCACCCAGGCCUGAAUGCGCUGCAGAAGAGACGAGUUCUCAUGGAGCGCAGCAUGACCACAGUGGCUCCGCUGGAGGACACUUUCAUGACCAUGAUGGUGUUUCGCAUUGGAAUUCCCGAUAUCAAACAAACAAGGUGUCUCCAGUUUGACCCGGACUGCACGGUGUGGAGCGCCAAGCAGCAGAUCAUCUGCUCCCUCAGCGAGUCCUUGUGGGAUGCCUACAACUACGGCCUCUUCCAGCCGGCUGGAGAUGGACGGGACGCAAAGUUCCUGGAGGAGGAGCGGGCCCUGCGAGACUAUUCACAGACCUUUGAGAAAGGGGUGCCUUACCUGGAGUUUAGGUACAAAACCAGAGUUUAUAAACAGACAAAUCUGGAUGAAAAGGCUCUCUCCAAACUCAGCACAAAGGCCAGUCUGAAGAAGUUCCUGGAUUACAUUCAGACUGGAGCUAUGGAGAAAAUGGCAAAAGUCCUCGAUAAAGGUCUUGAUCCAAAUUUUCAUGACCCUGACAGUGGAGAGACCCCGCUCACUGUGGCUGUGCAAUCAGGCCUGCUGGUGGAGGGCAUCAGGUUGCUGGUUCAGGGCGGCGCUCAUUUGGACUUUAGAAACAGAGACGGCUUGACAGCGGUGCACAAAGCUGUUAGGGCUCACAAUCACGCCGGGCUGCUGGCUCUCUUGUCCCUCGGGGCGUCUCCAAACUACAGAGACCGCUGUGGCCUGACCCCGCUGUACCACACUGUACUGACAGGGGGCGAAACUUCCUGCUGUGAGACCUUGCUGUACUACAGGGCGAGGCUGGGGACGAGGGACGAGAAUGGCUGGGAAGAGUCCCAUCAGCACAGGGAUGAAGAGGAGUUUGGAAUGGAAGAAAUACAUAAGGCGUGCCAGAAUGGCUUUGCCCAACACUUGGAGCAUCUGCUGUUUUAUGGGGCAGACACCUCUUCUCAAAAUGCCUCAGGAAACACUGCACUUCACAUUGCUGCCCUGUACAACAAGGAAAGCUGUGUCCGCGUUCUUCUGUACAGGGGAGCAAAUAAGGAGGCAAAGAACAAGCAUGGUCAGACCCCUUUUCAGAUAGCUAUAAUGUCUGGUCACUUUGAACUCGGGGAAAUCCUCAAAAACCAUAAAGAUUCUGACAUAGUGCCCUUUUUGGAAUCGCCAAAGUAUGUUCCCAAGCGAAAAGAGAGCGCCCACACUCUGCCUCUCCCCUCACUUCAUUCCUACCCCCUACUGCGCGCUAACAGCGAUAACACCAUGACCCAGUCUGACCCUCUGCCCAACAAGGCCGCAACCAAUCCCAACCCGGGACAGGGCCAGCGCAGGGCCUCCAUAGGCGUGAGAAGCUCCAGCAGCCCCAGAACUCGUACUCGCUCCCCAUCCAGAGGGAGAGGAGGCCAAAGUGACACAGAGGAGAGGCACCGGCAGCCAAGAGGCAGACAGGGUGCAACCUCAGCGGGCAGUGGCGGAGGUCAGAUGAAGCGUAUGUACAGUGCAGUGCCAGGGCGGGUUUAUGUGGCCACUCGUGCCCACUCUGCAAGUGGAGACAGAGAGCUCUCAUUUAGCAAAGGGGACAAAGUCAAAGUGUUAAGUGUCGGAGAGGGGGGAUACUGGGAGGGAACAGUGAAAGGUCGCACUGGCUGGUUUCCUUCAGACUGUGUGGAAGAGGUGGCAGGUCUCACCAAUCGAUCAGAGACGCGCAGUGAGAAAGCCAAGAGGAAGCUUUUCCGUAACGUCACUGUCGGAGCAUACGAUGGCACUGAUGGCCCAAGUGACUACAUCAUUAAGGAGAAGACAGUGCUCCUACAAAAGAAAGACAAUGAGGGCUUUGGCUUUGUGCUUAGGGGAGCCAAAGCUCAGACUCCCAUAGAGGAGUUCACUCCAACGCCAGCAUUUCCUGCGCUGCAGUACCUGGAGUCUGUCGAUGAAGGGGGCGUGGCUUGGAGGGCGGGCCUGAGGAUGGGGGAUUUCCUCAUUGAGGUGAAUGGCCAGAAUGUGGUGAAGGUUGGCCACCGGCAGGUGGUCAACAUGAUCCGACAGGGUGGCAACAGUCUCAUGGUGAAAGUUGUGAUGGUUGCUCGAAACCCUGAACUGGAGGACACUGCUCGGAAGAAAGCCCCGCAGCAGACUAAAAGACUGACGCCUCCUGCCAUUGCCCUGCGCUCCAAGUCAAUGACAUCAGAGCUGGAAGACAUGGUGGACAAAGCCGCCUCUCCAUGGAAAAAGAAAGCAGAAUACGAGUCCUCUCAGGGUCCUGAUAAGAAGAGGACAGUCUAUCAGAUGGCAUUAAAUAAACUGGAUGAAAUCUUGGCUGCUGCCCAACACACUAUUACAUCAGACAACCAGGGUCAGAGGGUUCAUGGAGGCAAGAGGGACCGGAGCAAGAGUAUUGUUCCCAAUGUCUCCAAUGAGCAACCCUAUGAGCAGCAGUCAUCAGUGAGUAUGGUGCAGCCCGGACCAGGUUUUGGCUACAACCAGGCCCAUUUUCAACCAGGCCAUGGUCAGCAUGCAGUCAUGAUGCGUCAAAAAUCUAUUGGUGUAACAGAGGAGGAAAGGCAGUACCUUCACCCACCUGCAAUGAAGCUGGCUCGCAGCCUGUCAGUGCCAGGACCUGAAGAAAUCCCACCCCCCCCUAACACAUCUGCCCCAGAUCCGCCUUUAUCUGCAGGCCCUCAUCCUGUGAGAGGGCCUGCUAUGCCCAUACCCCCUGUAUCUCAAGCCCACUACCAGCUCCAUUCCCAGCCAGGGCAUCCUACUCAAGCAGGCUGGGAGAGGGGAGGACCUGGUGGAAUGAACCAGCAGGUCAUGGUCCCCACCCUCCGCAGACAAUCAGAAGGACUAUGUGUCAGAGAGCCAGAUGCACCCAGGAGAGGUGGUGGCAAGAUGGGAGGGUUAAGGAGAGGCUACAGCAGUGCUACACCACCGACAAGUGCUAAGCCUAAGGUCCAACAAGCACCACAACAUCACCCGCACAUGGCCAACAGGGAACAAGGUGGAGGGGUUGGCAGGGGGGUGGCCAGGAGGGGUGGUCGAGGAGCUCUGAUGAAGCAGUCGAAAGUGGAAGAUGGGCUGAGACAGCACAGAGGAAAAGGAGGUGCAGCCAAAGAGAAGAGCUCCAUCCCCAUCCCCACCAUCAUUGUCAAAGCACCCUCCACCAGCAGCAGCGGCCGAAGCAGCCAGGGUAGCAGCAUGGAAGCUGAGCCCUCCCAGGAUGCAGAAGACCACACCUCAGCAGAUGCAAUCCCAGACAGCCCCAACACCAGUCUACCCUCACCACUCACCCCCUCGCCACCUCAGCCCCCUACGUCCACUUCCUUGCCUUCAUCAACUGUUGCCCCUUCUGUUUCCUCCCAGCAAAACCUGGAAAACUUGGAUUACACUUCGACAUUUGGUUCAGCCUACGGAGGAGGAGGGGCGCGCAGGGAAAGGGAACGUUUCCGAGAUAUGAGAAGAAAGAGUGCUUCUUUCUUCCUCUCAUCUGAGGAGGACAUCCAAGGAGAGGCAGGAGGAGGAGCAGAGGAGGGGGGAGGAGCGCUAGGGGCAAGAAUUCAGCCUUUACAGGGCUCACAAAUGGAAGUGCCCACCCCUCGUCUACGCCCCUCCAAGUCUAUAGAUGAGGGCAUGUUUUCUGGAGACAGCUAUGUCAACUAUUCCAGCAGCAUGCCCCCAGCCUUUGGCCUGCCUGAGUAUUCUUCCCCUGUCCUCGGUCAGGAUGGCCAGCCCAAGUCAGCUCCCUCAAUGUAUGGCACCCAGCCCACUACUACCUUCAUACACCCACUUACAGGGAAAGUUCUGGACCCCUCGUCCCCACUUGGCCUGGCCCUAGCUGCAAGAGAGAGGGCUCUAAAGGAUGACCGCAGGACGCGCAGAGAGGACAGACACUUUGGUCGGCAGCUGUCCACAGUAGGAGCAUUCCCUACCCCUGUUCAGACCCCAACUCCUUCCCUUUUUGCAACCCCUACACAAUCAGCAUACACUUCCCCAGUGUCCCUCCACCUAAGCUCCCCCACCGCCACCACCUCUCCUGCAUCUCUGAGCCGGCCACAGUCACCAAGGAUAUUACGUUUGGGAGGAGGAGGUGGGGAGAGGAUGGAGAGAGAAAAGGAGGGAGGACCCAGGGAGGGUCUUAGAGUUCGCUUUUCAGAGGACAGAACCAGUCAGUAUUCAACACAGUAUUACCCACAGAGCCCCAGGGAGAGAGAAAGAGAAAAGGAGGUGUACAACAGCAGACCUGCUCCACCCAUACAGCCUCCUCCACCGCCAGCGCAACCUGCACCCCGCAGACCUUCCUUUCUGCAGAUGGAAAGCACUCCCAACACCAGCUACAUCCCUCAGUACACUGUCCCCACAGCCCCAGCACAGACACAUGAAGCUAUGGGAGAAACAAGAGCGGGCGGAGGUCUAGGACUGAUGGUUCUCCCUCCACCAGCUCCCUCAAUAGAUGCAGAGGAUGAGUUUGUCUUUGCAGAUCCCUUGCCCCCUCCUUUACAGUUUGCUAAUGGUAAAAAUGAGAGAGUCCAGGAGUUUUCUCGGCAGCAUCAACACCUGAGUCAACACUCUUCUGGUGUUGCUCCACCUCCCCCACCCCCUCUUCCAUCUCCCAAGCCCUCAAAUGCUCCCCAACCAUCUCCACAGGGUGGUGACUCUGCUGCCUCCAGCCUUACCUCCUAUGACAGUGAGGUGGCCAACCUUACACAGUCGGCUCUCUCUCCAUCUUAUCCGUCCCCACAGAUAUUUCCCCCUUCCUCCACCUCCACCACCACCUCUACUGUGGCUUUGCCUGCCGCGUCACUACGCAGACCCCAGCCCAUGUCCCAUUCUCACCCCUAUUACAGCAGCUCUGACGACCCCUCAGUAGAUGGUCACACCCUGGCCCAGGACAGAGGCACAGCGGCCCUCGCUGCCACCAUGACUUAUGCUACCACUACCAUGACAGCCACUGCCGCCGCCUCCACCACCACAACCUCACCAUCAUCCUCUGAAUACAGCAUGACCAUGGCUGGGCCCAAGGCUGGCCUCAGCACAGGGGGUAAAGCUGCUGACCACACUUAUCACCCUACUAUUAUACCCAAGAGCGGAGACUGGCAAGAUGCUGUGGUGGAUUCUGGGAUUGAGGAGCUGGAUAGUCACAGCAGUAGCGACCACCAUUUAGAAAUGCUGGGAUUGAGUGGGCUGAGAGGAGAGAGGGGAGGGCUUGGAGGAGACGGGCGAGGAGGAGAGGGAGAGAGAGGAGGUGAGCAUCAGGAUCCUUGCACAACCUACUCAGGUGGGCAAACAUUUGAGGUGCACAGCGCCAAACUGGCAAACCCUGUGUUUCCAAAGAUGACUCAUUACAAGGAGGGGGGAGGGAGGGGCCCGUCUGUAGCACUACGUAGGCAGAACAGCACCAACCCUGCUCCUUUGCAGUUGCAGAGACAAAGCAACCCAGAAGAUGCCAGGUUAGAUGGAGCUCUCGCAGAUGAAAGGAAACACUUGCAGAGUCAAUCCAAAAUGGAGGGUGGCUUUAGCUCUGCUCUGGCUGCCUGCUUAGAGAGGCCCAUGGAGACUCGGUCAGUGGGCUGGGUUGAGGUCGGGGAGCAUGAGCUAGGUGGAGGCGGAGUGCAGAGAGAUGGUAUGGUUUUGGAGGGCCGCAAACUUCAUUCACCUCUUUCGGGUGUGAAGGCCAGCAUCAUCAAUGAGCUAAGCUCCAAGCUGCAACAGAUGAGUAGCAUGAAGAGUAUGGAUGACUGGAGCCACACUCCAAAGUCUCCCACCAUGCAUAGGUAUUCGGCGGAUUACACUGAUGCAUUUCACAGCCCCCCUACUGGCCGCUCCACCUCACCAUUACCCACCUCCUCCCCGCAGCAUCGUCAGAUCCUGACACCAAAUCUGUCAGCCACCCCUUCUGUCUCCCCUUCACCUCAAGUCCCGAUUCAGCGCAACUGGACCCGCUCUCCGUCUCCACAGAUGCCUUCCUCCCCAGUUCAUUCACACCCUCCCCAUUCCCCAACCUUCUGCCCAUACCCAACGUCACCAAAGCAUCGGUCCAAGAUGCGCAGGCAGACUUUUGAUUUUCAGUGCAGUCCCACUAAGGAGAUGCGGUCUUCGGUCUCCAGGCGCCGGGCUCCCAGCCCUCUUAUCUAUAACACUGAACAGCCAAACCCAACCCCUCCCAGACCUUCUUCUCUCCCCAUCCUUCCCAGUACACCUGUCUACAACAACCCCUUUGACUUCCCCGGGCCCCUCACUCCUCCUUCACCUGGCCUCCCUCUAGGAGAUACCUACAGAGCUUCAACUCCUCCACUGUUCUCUCCAUCUGGUGUGCAAUGUCCAAACCCCCUACUUGUCUCCCGCUCUCUCUCCCCCACCCAUUUUCUCUCUGGCGCCUCCUCCCCCAUGCACUUGCCCCCCAGUCCGUCAUGCCUCAACUAUCCCCAUCUCACCCCUCCUCCGCCUGCCAAACCAUUCGCUGUCAAGCCCCUGCCCUACUGGACCAAGUAUGAUGUGGCCGACUGGCUGGCUUACCUAAACCUGGGUGAACACAGAGAGCGUUUUAUAGACAAUGAGAUAGAUGGAUCACAUCUGCCUUCUCUCACCAAGGAUGACUUCUUGGACCUGGGAGUGACACGUGUGGGACACCGAAUGAACAUCGAGAGGGCACUGAAGAAACUCACUGACAGGCGGCUCUCCUCUCCUUUGCAUGUCACUACUUCUCCCCGAGACACAGACUGAGAAAGUGAAGGGGUGAUUCAAAGAUGAAAGAAAGGGAGAGAAACAAAUUCACAAAGAUGAACAAUAACAGAAGAUGUGCAAGUGAAGAACAGUGGACACCCAACAGUUGUGUUGAACUAAGACUAAGGGCUGGACGUGUAGGGGAAAGUGUUUUCUUGCAAAUUUGCUAUACAUGUAGAGAAUACUGUUCUGAAAUUUGUGGAAUGACUAUUGGUCAAGAACGAGUAUGAAGAAAUUAAGAAUAUCAUGAAAAUGACGCUCUUCAACUGAAAAUACACUUUAAAACUUUUGAUGGACAGGCAUUUAAUUAACACACCGUUUUGUGCUGUAAAAGACAAACACAUAUACACACACACUGACAGAUGGAUUCUCACACCAUCUGCUGCUUAGCAGCACUGAGAAAACUUCAGUCUGAGUUCAAAGAACAGUUGAAAAGUUGCUGCUUAAAGGGUAAACCCCAAUAAAAUGUUACUGAUUAUGGCUGAGCCAGAAACUCUGGUGACAGCAAAAACACAAGAGUCACAUCCUAACAUCAGUUUUGUAGCUUUAAGCAGAUCAGAGUAUCAAAUGGCUAAGUAGUGGAGCCAAAGUCAGAAUAUGAGAGAAAGGGUUUUGUUUGUAAAUGAUGACAGAAGAAAAUGGUAGACAACAAUAAUAUUAUUUUUACUUGCCAUAUUCCCCCAAAGGAUGCCCCAAUAAGCCUUGUAUGUAUGUACUUUGCGAGCACUAAAUAUAUCUUACAUGUUAAACGGGAUUAGUAGAACCAUUUGUUUUGUACUAAGUGCUGAUCGCAAUCAUUCAUUUCAAACUGGUCAGGGUAUUUAUAACUGUUGAAUUUAAGUUGUGCAUAAUGAGGACAUACAAAUAUUGAGAAAAUAUUGUUGUGAAAUGACCUUUUAUUAUUUUCUAGAUUAUUCUAUAGAAAGGAGAGGAAAUACUGGAGAGGAAUUGAAAAGGGUUUGCAUGUCAUUUCAAACUGCAAAUCAUCUUUUCUUUAUUGGUGUUUAUGGCCAUAGCACAGGUCAAGGGAUGGAUCCAUCCUCUUUGAUGCCAUAAUGUUGACCGCUCUCUCUCACACAGCAGGUGCAGUGAUCAAAAAGGGCUUUUUACUGCUUCUCUGUCUGCCUGACUUCCUCAACCUUCAGCCUCUGCGAGUCUGUGUGUCUGAUUUUGUGUGUGAGUGUUCGUCAGUCUGCAUUGGUGGCAAAUGCUUUCCCUGACCUACACCUUUCUCUUUCUAAUGCCUUUUCCAAAACACAUUUAUAAUGGUCAGAAAACAUAGUUUUUUUUCUCACUAGUUGACAAUCCCAAUGUUUCCCUGUUCCACACAUCAACCCUCGAAAAGAAAUACUCUGACCCACUUAUCAAAAGUUUUUUUCAGAGUGAUAAAGUUCUUAAAGUACUUAAAGUAAAUACUGUAUAUGUUACAUAGAGGUGAACAUGAACGCCCUGGAUUUUUAAAACAUGCCAGUUUAGCCAUUCCCUGCAGUGAAUUCAACUGUAAGGCAAAAACACAUCAUUUAUAGAUCUAUAUGUAAUGAUGAUGAUGACAAUGAUAACAUACAAAUAUAGUAUAAUAAAGAUAAUAAUAUUAAGUAUGUAAACAUUUUUAAGAAUCUCCGUCUUCCAAAUAGUGUGGACAAAUUCUUUGAAGCUUUGUUUUGUUUAUGUUUCAUUUUGGGUUUUCUGUAAAUGCUUUCUAUACUGCUGGCCCUGUGGUGACCCCAGUGAAGCUGACAAACGUUAGUUAAUUGAUAUUCUCUCUGUGUGAGUUUAAAAUUAUGACUGUAUUCUCAUGCUGAGUUGCCUCAAAGCUAUCUCAUGAUGGACUAUAGAAAGGACUGAGCAGUAGUGUAGAAAGCAUUACAUACUAUGAUUUAAAAGAGUAUUUUAGGUCUAGUGAAAUGCAUAAUGAAUAUGACUACAUACAGUUUGAGUAUAGUACAGUAUAAGUAUGCAGAGAUAAAGGGUAUAUAUAUAAAUAUAUAUAUAUAUAUAUAUAUAUAUAUAAAGUUUUGCUUUAAAUAAAAUACAGUAUAUACUGAUAAACACGAUAGAGGUAAACCUAAGGUGUUGAAAUAAAUGCUAAAAUAAACUA